AUGGCUGCAGCCUCCCAAAAUGUCUUCAACAAUUAAUAUGUGAUUCAGAAGAAGAUCUCUUCAGGUUCAUUUGGAGUUGUAUAUCAAGGGAUUGACUUAAGAACUUCGGAUCAAGUCGCAAUUAAAGUAGAAAAAUAGGAAAUUGAUGAUUUAUUUAGUUUGGAUAGAGAAAUUUAAAUACUAAAAAAUUUGCAUGGGACUCCACAAGUUCCAAAAUUGAAAUGGGCUGGAAAAGAAAAAGGACAUAAUGUGAUGGUAAUCCAAAUAUUAGGAAGAGAUUUAACACACUAUCUAAGAUAAAGGAAGCGCUUUAGUUUGGCAUGCGUUUUGGGCAUUGCUGAUUAGAUGUUGACUAUUCUUGAAGCCAUUCAUAGCAAGGGUGUCAUUCAUAGAGACAUAAAGCCUGAAAACAUAUUGGCUGGUAAGGAAAGAGAGCGGAAUCUUAUUUACCUUGUGGAUUAUGGCAUAGCGAAGUAAUUCAAAGAUAAAGAUGACAAACAUAUUGCUUUCAAGGAAAACAAGCCUUUUUUGGGAACAUCCAGAUAUGCCAGCAUAGCAGCUCACAAAGGCCAGGAAUUAUCAAGGAAGGAUGAUCUAGAAUCUUUGGGAUAUAUGCUAAUAUUUUUAUUAAAAGGAAGCUUGCCAUGGUAGAGCAUUAGUUAUAAGAAUGAGGAUGAGAAAGUAAAGAUGGUAGGGUUGUUGAAAAUGAGAAUUACAUCCCAAGAAUUAUGUUAAGAUAUUCCAACUGAAUUUAUGAGGUUUAUUGAUUUAGUCAAAAAAAUGAGUUAUCGCGAAAAACCAGAUUAUAGAUAUUUUUAAUAAUUGUUUAGAAGAGUCUCUAUAUAAUAACAGAUUGAGUGUCGAUUUGAUUGGUAUGAUGAAAAUAACUAUGAGAAAAAGUCAGGAUCUGCAUCACCCAAGAAGUAGCAGUCCAUUAAAAUUGUGGAUUAAUCCUAUUUGAUUCAAUAAAUCUAUACUCCAAAUAAAAAAAAGUUAAGUGAAGAAUACGAUGACUCUGGAUAAUCUAGGAGAGAAUCUAAUGGAAGACAAUCUUUAGUUAAUAAUAAUUCUAAUAAUCUACUUUUAUGCGAUAGUAGAAUGAAUCUUAAAAACAAAAGUCUUAGUUCAUACAAUGAAUCCAAUUUAUAAUAUAGUGAUGUAUAGCCUGAUUUGAGUUGUCUCAUCGCAUAUUAGAGGAAUCUAAGAUAUGGAUCAUUUCAUAAUGAAGCUGAAAUUCCCAAACAACCUGAUAGAAGUACUUCAGCUUAAGAGAAGAUGAAAGUUAAGCACAAAUUAAGUUUGGAUGUCAAACCAAAUUGCUACAAAUCCAUAGUUGAAUGCUAGUUAGGAUUAGUGAACAUUCCCUCAAUUAUGGAUUUUACAGUAAAUAGUCAAAAUUAAAUGAAUGAGGACGAGAGUCCCUGUCUUGAUGACAAAUUUAGUAUACUAAAAAUAGGCUCAAUCGAUAAUAAAUUCAAAAAUCCAAUACAACUCUUCAGAAUUAAUAACAAAGAGAAAUCAAGAGUUAAAAAUAAUUGA